UUGUUGAUUGUACGAUCCAUCCUGGGUUUAACCAGGCUGGAUUGUGUGAGGGGCUCACAAAUGCUUGAAAGAUCUGGAGACAUUCCCACCAGUAAGUUCGUCCGGCAGGCAAGGCUGCAUUGGCUGGGUCUUGUAGACCGCAUACCCAAGCAGUUUAUUUUGGUUGCAUAAAGGGGGCUAAACGGGCACGACAUGGGCUGUCAAAAUAUGGACUGAUGCUGUAUGGGAGGAUGUGGAGCUGAGUGGACUUGCAGAAGACUGGUAUCAGUGGUGUGGAUAGCAUCCUUCACGAGGAAGCUCGUGAAGGAUCCUACCGGGCAGUAGGAGGCAGUCGCCUUCCAACAACAACUGAGGACAGAGGAGUGACGCUCACAACGAGUAGCGGAUAAAAUUCAACAAGUUGGCACAGUUGGGGAUACAGCUGGUGUAUCUACCAGUCAUCUCAGCCAACCUUUGGAACCUGGGUCUAUCCCGUGACGUCUUGUCAGCCUUCGACACUUCACGUGGACUAAAAGUGCACCUGGCCCGGCACAGGUGCCGUGGUGUCAUCACCCCUACUUAGUGGCGAAUGUCGGUUGUUGUUGUUUUUGUAUUUCGUGUUGUGAGUGGUGAUGAUGUGAGUCUGUGUUGACAAUGUGGGUUCAUGGUGAGGAUGUAAGCCCGCGUUGUGACUCAUGUUGAGAUCUGGGAGCCCUCACGCCCUCUCGACUCUUUGUGAUCCUCGCCUUCGUCUCCUGCUCCGCACGCAGAGACCCGGACUGUGCGAGAGACGCUGUGAGAUCUUUGCACCCUGCUCUGCAAGUUGCUACCAUGGAGAUGAGCCGAGGUGGAGAGGCGAGGAGUAAGGGCGAAUCUUGCACCACGUGGAGUGCGCUGUCCUCAGAGGGCAACGCCUCCAUCUGCAGCAAAUCACCGCAAGAAAUCCUGGCUCUCUUUGGCCCUCACUUGACCAACCGUGAGAAGCUAGAACUCGCAGCCAUGCAGGAAGUGUGGUACUUUGCACUUUUCAACAAAUCUCAGGGAUUCAACAAUGAUGGAUACGACGACUACGAACGAAAUUACAUUCUGUUCCGGCAUGAGCACCUCCGCUAUCGCUAUGAGGUGCUGAAGAAGAUUGGAGAAGGAGGUCAAGGCCAGGUGAUCCAGUGCCUUGAUCACAAAAGGAACAUCCUGGUGGCCAUCAAGAUCCUGGUGUCACCAUCGAGCUCCAAGCAAGAAACAUACCAGAAGAUGGAGCUCCAGAUAGCUCUGGAACUUCAGGACGAGGGCAGUGAUGAAGAUUUCAACGUCAUCAAAGUCCUGAACAUAUUUCAUUUCAGAGGACACUACUGUAUCGUCAUGGAGCUGUUGAAGGAGAGCCUUCAUGAAGUGAUUAGAAAUGCGGGGCUCCGGCGGCUGGACAUGGCGAUGGUGAAAACCUACACCAGGGGCAUCCUCAAGUUCUUGCGCCACAUCAAUUCCAGGAAAAUCGUCCACGCGGACAUCAAGCCUGAAAAUGUUCUCGUCAAAGACACCGUGACUGGCACCGUGAGGAUCACGGACUUUGGCACGAGCUUUUUCGUGGAAAGUCAACAAUACUUGGCUCCGGAGCUGUUGCUGGGCUAUAGCUUGACAUGUGGAGUGGAUAUGUGGGCGCUGGGCUGCACGGUGGCUGAGUUGGCGACGGGCAGGGAAUUAUUCCGGUCCAACAGCCACGAAGAUCACCUCCCGCGCUGCAUAGAGAUUCUGGGGAUGCCUCCGAGGUACAUGGUGAAUGGAGCACCCGACAGAACGCAGUUCUUUGACCAUCGGGGGAAGAUGUUCUGCCCAGGCAAGAAAAGGGUUCCGGGGAGCUUCCCACUUCACAGGGUGCUCAAAAGCGAUGACCCGGAGUUUGUCGAAUUCAUCAGCUCCUGUUUGCGAUGGGAUCCGAAUUGUCGUAUGACGCCAGUGCAGGCGCUGGCUCAUAACUGGCUCCGGACCGCGGCCACCAGCACCACCACGGCCAGCAAAGCCACCACCACCACCGUUGCUGCUCCUGGCAGUGUGAAGCACUCUGGAGCUGCUGAGCGACGAAUGGAGCCGGCACAGCGCCCAUCCUCCUUGCUCGCCCAGGCCUCUAAAGAGAAGUUGAAGGUUGUGGAGGAAGAGACCAUGGUGGAGGAGCUGGUGGUGCAAGAGGAGGAGACUCUCGUGGAGGAGCUGGUGGUACUCGAGGAGACCCUGGUAGAGGAGUUGGUGGUACAGGAGGAGACCUUGGUGGAGGAGUUGGUGGUACUUGAGGAGACCUUGGUGGAGGAGUUGGUGGUACAGGAGGAGACCCUGGUGGAGGAGUUGGUGGUACAAAAGACUCUGGUAGAGGAGUUGGUGGUACAGGAGGAGACCUUGGUGGAGGAGUUGGUGGUACAGGAGACCCUGGUGGAGGAGUUGGUGGUACAGGAGGAGACCUUGGUGGAGGAGUUGGUGGUACUUGAGGAGACCUUGGUGGAGGAGUUGGUGGUACAGGAGGAGACCUUGGUGGAGGAGUUGGUGGUACAGGAGGAGACCUUGGUGGAGGAGUUGGUGGUACAGGAGACCCUGGUGGAGGAGUUUGUGGUACUUGAGGAGACGCUGGUGGAGGAGUUGGUGGUACAGGAGACCCUGGUGGAGGAGUUGGUGGUACAGGAGGAGACUCUGGUAGAGGAGUUGGUGGUGCAGCAGGAGAAGAGGAAGCAAGGGAGCCUGGCCCGCAUAGGGAGAGCCAUCCGCUCACUCCUCCGACGUGUGCUGCUUUGUGGUGGCCGGUCCACUGCACAGUAGGGGUGGUGGAGGUGGUGGAUCAGUGUGAACCCUGAUCACUUUUACCACACUCACCACACUCACAACACUCACCCUGCACCCACCCACCCUGUAAUACCCUCCACCCACCCUGUAAUACCCUCCACCCACCACCCACACCCUGCACCCACCCACCCUGUGAUAUCCUCCACCCACCACCCACACCCUGC